GAGCCCCGGGCGCGGGCGGCCGGAGGGACAGCGGGCGGGCGGCCGGACGCGCUGGGCAGAGGCGAGGCGAGCGCGUGGGCGGGCGGGCCCCGGGUCCGAGCCCCCCUCGCGCCUCCUUCCCCGCUCCGCGCCCCGGACUGAGCGCGCCCCCAGCCCGGCACUGCGCCCCGCGGCUUCUCUGCGCCCGCGGGCAGCCUGCGUGCCCGGGAGGGUCGUGCGCCCGGGGCGCGCUGCCUCUUGGGCCGAGCGUGGACUUCGCGCUGCCGGAGACCCCUUGCGACUUGUGCUCCGCGCCUCCUCUUGCCGGGACCGCUCCGGGGGGCGGCGCCAUGUGGGGGUGACAGCCAGCGCGCUCGGCGGCCGUGGGGGCCGAGGGACCCGGGCCCGGUGGACGUCAGCCCGCUGGCGGGGCGACGCAGGUGCCCGGGAUGGAAGCGGAAGGCUUGGGUUGGCUUUUGGUGCCGCUGCACCAGCUAGUUGCCUGGGGGGCCGCCGGGGCCAUCGUCUUCGGAGGGGUGGUGCCGUACGUCCCUCAGUACAGGGACAUCCGGAGGACUCAGAACGCUGAGGGCUUCUCCACCUACGUGUGUCUGGUGCUCCUGGUGGCCAAUAUUCUGAGGAUACUCUUUUGGUUUGGAAGGCGUUUUGAGUCUCCGCUCCUCUGGCAGAGCGUCGUCAUGAUCUCCACCAUGUUACUGAUGCUGAAGCUCUGCACCGAGGUCCGCGUGGCCAACGAACUGAAUGUGAGACGCCGAUUCUUUGCAGCUGCAGAUGGUAAGGAUGAAGAAAUCAGAGCCCCCCCCAGGCGGUCCUGUCUGGACUUUGACCCCCACCACUUCUGGCACUGGAGCAGCUUUGCGGACUAUGUGCAGUGUGUCCUGGCCUUCGCGGGCGUGGCGGGCUACAUCACCUACCUGUCCAUCAACUCGGCCUUGUUUGUGGAGACCCUGGGCUUCCUGGCUGUGCUGACCGAGGCCAUGCUCGGUGUGCCACAGCUCUACCGCAACCACCGCCACCAGUCCACGGAGGGCAUGAGCAUCAAGAUGGUGCUCAUGUGGAUGAGUGGUGACACCUUUAAGACGGCGUACUUCCUGCUCAACAGCGCGCCCCUGCAGUUCUCCGUGUGCGGCCUGCUGCAGGUGCUGGUGGACCUGGCCAUCCUGGGGCAGGCCUAUGCAUUCGCCCGCCACCCCCAGAAACCAGCCCCCCAUGCUGUGCACCCCCCCGGUGCCAAGGCCCUCUGAGGCAGCUGGGGAGCAGGAGGGUGUGGGCACCGGCCCAGCCACUGUCCUCCCUGCACAGGGCCCCUGGCCUUGGGGUCUCUGUCAGCCUCCGUGGGCUCAAGGAGGGCCAAGGACUGCGCCCACGUACCCAAGGAUGAGUGUGUUUUAUACCCAAGAGCCAGGCUUGGGCUGUGUUCAGGGCGAUGGGAAAGCACUGCGGCUGCUCUCAGAAAGGCCCGGCCAGAGCCUGGAACCUGCUCAACCCGGGGAAAACCAGAUGGGCCCCACAGCCGGGGCACCAGGAAGCAGCCCCCACGUCCCAGCCCUGCACAUCUCCUCUCCCACAGUGGCCCAGGCCUGGGCGAGCCUGGCAUGGGUGGGGCUGGGGAGCACCUUCGUCCCAGGACGGCCUGGGGAGUGGACGCCCUGGCAGUGAAGCGCGUAGGCUGGGGCUGGGUUUUGUAUGUGCCCAGGAUGCGUGGGAAGGAAGCCGUGUGCACACAUGGGCUGUUGUCUGUGUGGCCAGAGCUGUCUUCUCCAGGGCCGCCUUUACUGAGCAGUGCUGCCUCCGGGCCCUCAGGACUCAUGGGCUUCAGCCCUGCUUGGCGGCCGGGUCCAGAGGCUCCCCGUGGGUCCUCUGCCUUGUUACUUACCAGUGUUCCCCGCUAGGCAAGGGCCACGCCUGCAUCUGAAGCAGCCAGGCACUGGCCAGGGUGAGCUCGGGUGCUGGAGUCCCCGAGAGUGGUGGGGUGUGGGUGGCCCAUGUGCUCCCAGGCAGGUGCACCAGCCAUUCCCACAGAGGCCACACCUGGCAGGACAUUUCCUCUUCAUUCAGGGAAUUGCAAGCACCUGCAGCCUUUGAUGUCCCUCUUCCAGGACAGGGGGAUGGCUGCAGGCCAGGAUAGGGGACAUGAAGCAGGCAUCCCUAGUGGGCAGGGUGUCCCUGCUGCCGAGGCGCCCCGGACCUCACGCUCUGGGCUCUUGGGCAUGCAGUGGCCUCCCAGGUGCUGGGGUGGCCUGGUGUGGGCAUCCCUGUGCGCUCUCAGCCUGUCCACACGGUUCUGCACCUGCCUGUGGUGGGGCUGCUGGUCUGACACCAGCUCCGUAUUUGUCCCCACCUUUCCAUUUACACAGUAUCCCAGCUGGCCCAGCAGUCCCCAAGGCCGGGCCUUGUGGAUGCUUCUGUGUGGCCCCCAGGCAGCCUCUGCCCUUCUGCUGGGUGGAGAGGUGGAUAGUGGGUCUGCUCUGGAUGGAGAGUGUUCAAAGCCAUCUCCUCCUGAGCUUUCCUCAAAACUCCUGAGUGUCUGAAUGAGAUUCUGCUUAGUUCUUUGGCCUGUAAGGUACUUUGAAAAUGUUUUGAAGGGAGAUGUCUUAACAGCAGUUGCCUCCACAUUAAAACGUCACUGACUGCAGUGACUCGGGGUGCCAUGUUUGGGGACAAGCAGUUCUGUCAGUGUGGUAGCUUUAAAUCAAUAAACUGCUCGAGGAUCCA